AUGCCAAAAAGACAGGAAGAAGAAGAGUUAGAAUGGACGUCACGAAAAGACGACAUCCUUAGUCUCUACGUUGAGCAAGACAAGUCGCUGUCCGAGGUCAUGCAUGCCAUGGCCGAUCGAGGCUUUGCACGAACAUGGCGCAUCUCGAAAAAUGUGCGGAAGGAUGAAUGGGACUUCAUUCUCGAUCGCGUAGACAAAAGGAACCGCCCGACUGACGUCAAAAUUUUCACGCCACAAGCGGCUACAAACGACCAUCAUCUAGAGAUGAGAGAUUAUGCAAAGCGGGAUGCGCAUCUCGACUAUGUAGCUCCCGUCGCUGGCAAUUCCCGAGAACCGAAUCCACAAGUACAAGAGGACGACCAUGCUCUAUCACCAACACCCACUACUGCGACUAUUGUGCCCUCUGCGCAUAACGCUUCCGACCAUAUUCCCACCGAGAUUAUAUUGGAAGCUGCACCAUUAUCCUCAUGUUCACAUUUGUUGUACGACUAUAUUCGUGCAGCCAUCUUUGUCAAUGGAGACCAGUUCUCGGACGUCGUUCCCGUAUCGGAAAGGUAUGGUCUCUGUUCUUACUUAGACAAGCAGCCCACUCGAGAGCUGCUUCGUCACGGUCUCAGCGAGCUUCUUCGGGCGUUCGUCCAAUGGACACUACCAAAGGAUGAUUUAUAUGACGUUGUAAGAGCUUCUGGGACUGCCGAUGACCUGAUCCUCCUCCGUCGCUUGCUGUUGGUCACCAAAACCGAUUGGAAAUGGGGAUGUUUCAGCGAAAAGCUUUUGUUCUAUGCAGCGCAAGACGGGAACGAAUGUCUCCUCAAGAUGCUAAUUGACUUCGGAGUGAAUAUCAACGUCAGAAGAGCCUUCGGGCCUCAGUUUCUGGCAUCUCACGUAAUCAACGUGUUGCAGUUUGCGGUCCUCGCAGGGAACAAGAACGUGAUCGAAAUUCUGGAUAAGCACGGUGCUACAAUAUUCACUGGGUGGAAAUUCGACGAUUGCGCCUUCAUCUUUGACGCAAUUGCUCAAAAUAUUGGGGACUUGACGGAACCGUUGUUCGCGAGGGCGGCGAACUCGAACGUUUCGACAGUACGGAAAGGAAUUGCAGUUCUUGUUGUCGCUGUGCAACAUUCCUACGAUUCGAUAGUCAGUAGCCUCCUCGAGGCUGGAUUCAAUCCUUACUUCGAACUCCACAAAUACCCAUUCCAGAUCGAGAUACUCGACACCCAUAGCGCUUUUAUGAUUGCGCUGAGUGCUAUGAAGAUCACAUACGUCAAGAACUUCCUAAAGUUCCCGCUUUAUGGUCUCAACAAGGAACAUUGUCAAGAGCGCCUAAGACAGUUGACUGCUGCAUAUGUAUUCGCUCGUUGUUCCGAAAACGUCGAUCUCGAGAACGCAAUUCUAGAAGCUGGAUGGCGUCCAGACGAGGUCGGACUAGUUCUGGGGUACGAUUUUGUGCUGAAGUAUCUCUCUGAUGUACUAGAAGGAGCCGUUGAAAGUGGCGAUUGUAACAAGGUUAGGUGUCUCACCCAGAUGGGCGCCAAUCCAAACCGUCCUAAGAUUCCAGGUAUCGAAAAACGACCUCUUCGACUGGCGAUAGGUAGACAAGAUGUGGCUAUGGUGCGCCAGUUGAUAGCGGCUGGAGCAGAUGUCAACCUCUCUUGUUCAUGGGAAUACGAAACGCCGCUGCAAGAAGCAGCCGCUAUGGGGAGUCUUGAGGUACUCAGCUUAUUAGUUGAAGCCGGGGCAAAUGUCAACUUUUGUCCAGGUUAUAUGCACAACAGCGCAAUUGCGAUUGCAGCUGAAGACGGCAAUCUCGAGAUGGUCACCUACCUACUUAAGUCAGGAGCUGAUAUUCAGGGACGAUACAACAGAAACUACAGGAGGACACUGUAUGGAGCGAUAGGGGCUGGACAUGAUUCUAUAGUGGACUUACUACAAGAUUGGAAGAGGUCUAAGUUUGGAGAGCAAGACUGCGAUACGAUCGACAAUAUUAUAGAAACGAUGGCGCGUAAUGAGAUGAGAUUCGCAAGUGGAGACGAUUGGACUGAGUAUCUGGAAGUGGAAGUGGAACAGGAACAAAUGGAUGCAGGAUAUACCAUAUACUCCACGGAUGAGGAGUAG